GGACUACUGUGUGUCUGUGUGAGCGCGCGCGCCUGCGACUGUACGCGCGUGUCUGCUCUGCUGUUGCUGCCCUUUGAUCCCUGCAUUAGUGUUAGUUAGGGGCUCGGAGACACACUUGCACCGAGAGCAGCCAUAGUCAAGACACGGCAACAACAACAGCGGCACCUCCUCCGCCUGUGUUCCCAUUCCCCCAACAAUACACUUAAAACCGAGCAAAGCCAGGUGCACGACCAAGUCCCUGCCAUCACUGGCGCCUCCAGUCUCAAUGGGAAAAACCUUUUUUCUUCUAAUCCCCAAACAAGGACGAGAAUGUGAUUAAAUACGGAGGAAAAUGCCAAGGAGGAAGCAGGAGCAGCCCAAGCGCCUGCCUUCACAUGUGGACGGCAAUGAGGACGGUGGGCCCAAUGGUGGUGUUGAGGAAGAGGAUGGCUGGUUUGGGAAUGCCUCCGACACACGCUCAGAGUCUUCAUCUUUCGGGGACACCCAGGACGAGCUUCUUCUCCAUAGAGGCUCGUCUCCUGACGAGCAGGCUGAAAUCAGUGUUGGGUCCGGGGACCACGAUACUUGUGGAGGUGAAGGCUCUAUGGGUUGCCCUACACCUGUUCAUCGUGCCUCUCUGGAACUUCUUGGCUUGGAUGGAGGUGCAUUCUCGGCCCAAGACACGCUCUCCUCGGUGGUAUCAUCACUUUAUGGUGAAGCAGCCUCCCGAGCUCUAGGGAAGCCUCUCAGUAGCAAUCUACGCCGCCUCCUAGAGGCUGGGUCUCUCAAACUUGACACUGGCGAAGUCCUUGGUCGAUCAUCUAGAGGAAGUGCAGGGGGAGAAUCCCCCCCAAUUGCAUUAGCACCAUCUUUGACCCUCUCCCCAUCAUCUCAUCAUGCCCAACAGCUAAGUGCUCUUGCCCGAAAACUGGCCAAUAAUAACAAUAGCGGUUCUGCUUCACCAGCCUCCUUGGCACCCUCAGUCACUAACAUUAAGCAAGAGCCCCUUGACCCAUUUAACUCUGUCACUCCCAGCAAUGGCAGUGGCUUUGUGUGGGCAGGUGUGACAGAUAAGUGGCCGCCAGCCACUUGCUCCAACCCCUGUGGCUCCAGCCUAUCUCCAGAUUCUGCGAUCCAGAAGUUAAAAGCAGCGGCCAAUGCUGUGCUUCAAGACAAGAACGCUGUGGCUUCAUCUUCGACAACAUCUUCCUCCUCCACUUCUGCUUCAUCUGCAGGGCCCACCUUAGGCGGGGGUAGUCGAGGAGACGAUAUGGUGCGCUUUGAUGCCUUCAACUCUCCGUUUAGCCCACAGUCAGCGAGCUCUACCCUGGCUGCACUUUCCAAGAAAGUCAGUGAGAGGAGCCAAGCUUCAUCAACAGCCAGUGCUGCCUCCGACCACCAGGCCUCAGCAAAUUCCUUUCUUUCUCUCGUGUCAAUGACGUCCUCUGCUGCCUUGCUCAAGGAGGUAGCAGCAAGGGCAGCGGGAAACCUGCUGGCAGAAAAGAAAGAAGGUUCCCCUCUGGCAGCUGCGGGGGUCCUCCAAGAGGACGCAAAGCCCCUGCUGGACAUGAACCGGAAAGCGCCAACGCCAUCUACACCCAAUCAGAAUCUGGAGUUGCUGCUGCCGUCCACUCCAAAGGGCAGAGGCAAACCAAACAACCAAGCAGGCUCUCCUGAGGAUGGUGGGAAGCCAUUCCAGUGUCCGGUGUGCGGACUGGUCAUCAAGCGCAAGAGCUACUGGAAGAGACAUAUGGUCAUUCACACAGGCUUGAAAAGCCAUCAGUGUCCAUUGUGUCCCUUCCGCUGUGCUCGCAAAGACAAUCUCAAAUCUCACAUGAAGGUACAUCAGCACCAGGACCGGGGUGAGACAUUUCAGUGUGAACUUUGUCCCUUUACCUCCUCCCGACACUUCAGCCUCAAGCUUCACAUGCGGUGCCACCAGCACUUCCCCCGCACGGACGUCAAGGUGAAAGAGGAGCUUACCACUGACACAGAGGGCGAGGGCUCCCUCUUGGGUGACAGUGGUUCCACGGACCCAAGAGCGACGCAAGUGUCGCCACUGACAUCGGACAGCCUGCAGCCAACGUCCUCUCCUGUCGAGGCCUCCGGCAAUCACGUCCAUAUCAAGGAGGAGCCGCAGGAGCGAGACCUGUCCGUACUCUCCCCGUUUAGCAUGUGUAGGGACCGUCCCAGCAGCAGUGCUAACUCUCUGGACUUACCCGGGGUUGGAAUUGGUGUCAGAUCAAGUCCAAGUGGUCCAACCACCGCCUCUCUCUUUAGCCCCGACAUCACUACCAAAACAGCCACUGACCUGCUUAUGAAGCUAUCAGCAGCUAACCAGAGGGAAACACUCCAGUCUCCAUUCCACCUGAAGGAAGAACCAAAAGCCGAGGAAGCGCCAAGUCCAAGACCAUCCUCGCAAUCUCACAACCAGGCUCAAUCAGGCUUUCCUGCUUCUUUCUGCCAGGACGGGGCUGCAGCCGCCGCAGAUCGGCCAGGGUCGCUGAAAACAAGAGAAGGAAGCCCCAUCGCUAAGAAUAGCUUGCUUAGCCAGGAUAUCAACGUGAAGGUGGCUUCUGAGCUCCUAAUAAAGCUUUCAGAGAACAACAAGGAUGCCCAGCACCAGAAGGUGAAGGUGAAGGCGGAGCCCAUGGAGGUGGACCCGCCCCCAUCAGAACUCACCUCCCCUGGAUCUCACCUACUCCCCUUCAGCACUUUAGGGGCGAGCGAGAAGAAUGAGCCAAUGAGCAGCCUUCCUGACGCGCUGGCCUGUAACCAGAAAGAUCUCUUCUCCCAAGACAUAUCAGUCAAGAUGGCAUCUGAACUGCUGUUCAAAUUGUCAGAAAAGGUCAGCAAAGCCAACAACCACAAAGACAGUAACAUGGUGGGAAUACACAGUCCGUUCCUGGACGAGUGCUUCAGACAAUCACCCUUUAACUCUCGCUCCAAGAGCUCCUCCCCUGCAGAGGCCAGCUCCUCUACCAGGGUACUUUUUCACGACUCUGAGAAGGACGACGGGGAGCAAGGAAACGGGAUCUCCCAGUGGCGGCUGCACGAGCAGCUCUUCCCCUGUCCUGUGUGCGGCAAGGUGUUCGGUAGACAGCAGACCCUGUCCAGACAUCUGUCUUUACACACAGAAGAGAGGAAGUACAAGUGUCAUCUGUGUCCGUACGCAGCCAAGUGCAGGGCUAACCUCAAUCAACACCUGACCAUCCAUUCUGUCAAACUGGUCAACACAGACGCUGAGCAAAUUGUCAGCGCCGUUACAGCCGAGUCUGCUGAACGCAAGAACUACCCCUACUACUACAGCUGCCAUGUGUGCGGCUUCCAGACGGAGCUGAACGCGCAGUUCGUCAGCCACAUGUCGCUCCAUGUGGACAAGGAGCAGUGGAUGUUCUCACUUUGCUGCAGCACCUGCGACUACAUCUGCAUGGAGGAGAGCGACAUGAAGAGCCACAUCAGCGCUGGACAUGCAGGUUUAAAUUCAAGAAGUCCCCUCAGCGAGACCAAGAGCACCUCAUCGUCGCUCUCGGCCCUCAGCGACUCGCUCAACAGCUCGGAGGGCGGAGACAUCACCCACGGUAAUGAAGAACUCAAAAGUCUGCUAGCUCCGCCCUCCUCCGCAGGCAACCAUGCCGGCUCUGGAAGUCAUCUGGGUUCAGGAACUGAGGACAAGUCAGACAAAGGCUUUGAGUGCGUCUUCUGCAACUUUGUGUGCAAGACGCGCAGCAUGUACGAGCGGCAUCUCCAGAUCCACCUCAUCACGCGAAUGUUUGAAUGUGACGUCUGCCACAAGUUCCUCAAGACGCCCGAGCAGCUGCUGGAGCACAAGAAGUGCCACACGGUCCCUUCAGGAGGGCUCAAGUGCCCUUUUUGCAUCUACUCCACCAAUCGUCCAGCGGCCAUGGAGUGCCACCUGAAGACGCACUGUAAGAUGGAGUACCGCUGCCGCAUCUGCCAGGGACUGUGGCCCGACCAGACCUCCCUGGAGGCCCACAUGCGGGGGCAUCGCCUGGGAAACCACUACAAGUGUGAGCAGUGUGGCUACCUGUCUAAAACGGCCAACAAGCUGAUCGAGCACGUGCGGGUGCACACGGGCGAGCGGCCCUUCCACUGCGACCGCUGCUCCUACAGCUGCAAGCGCAAGGACAACCUCAACCUGCACAAGAAGCUGAAGCACGCGCCGCGCCAGGUUUUCGGCUGCCAAGAGUGCCCUUUCACCACCACACACCCCUUUGUCUUCAGCCGCCACCUCAAGAAACACCAGGGUGGAGCGCCGGAGGGGCUGGACGGCGGCUUAGCUGGAGGAGAGGAAGAGGGGGAAGAGGAAGGGGCAGGGAGGGAGGAGCGGCCAGCAGAGGGAGCAUCACCCGGGCGCUCCUCCCUGCAGAGGAGCCAGGAGAACAUCUUGUUCGGCGGGGGAGGAAGCAGCGGAGGAAGCGGGAGCAGCAGCCCGCUCAUGAGUCUGACGGCGUCUCAGGCACUCCAGUCCGUCGCUCUGUCGCUCACGCUGGGCAAGUCCCGCCAGCUGGACGCCACCGGCCAUCUGCACCGCAACGGCGGCAGCGGCGCCCCCAGGAACCACGGGGGCGUCAGCAGGAGCAGCCCCUCCCUCUUCCCCCCCUCCUCCCGCCACACGCUGGAGCAGUACAGGAACUGCGACCCGGCCCACCUGAUCCCCCUCACCACCCUGUUCACCCACAACCACCGCUUCACAUUCCACCCGCAGCUCAACUCCAAGUGUCGACCUCUCCUCUCCCCCCCUGACUCAGCACCCCCUUCCUUCUCCUCCCCCUCACCAUCCUCCUCCCACAAGCACUCCUUUCUCGCCUACCUGGGACUGAUGGAGAGGGCCAAAACUGUCUGACCUGCCCCACACCUCCUCCCCCCCUUACUCUUCGGACGGUGACCACUGCAGUGGGAGCAAAGGUUUUUUCGUUGUUUGUUCCAAUCAGACCAGCAGAAUAAGCUGGACCAGACAAGCAUAUAUAUUAAAGAACAGAAAAAAACAAACAUUUAUAUGAGAAAAACGCUGUACAUGCUAAAAAAAAUGCAUUUAUAUCAAAAAGCUGCUUUUCUUAUCAGUUCUAUCAAUUGAAUUAUUACUACUUCAGAUACUACACUCUUACUUUUUUGUUUUCCUGUUUCUAAGCAUCGGAACGACCUGGACCCAGUGGCUUUAUCUGCUGAAACGAACGUAUCAGUUUUUAGUUUUUAUUUUAGAUAUUUUCUGUAGUCGUUUGACGAGAUAAAAAGUUUAAAAAGACAAAACAAACUUUGCAAGUGCUAUCUUUUAGUGCAUUUUUGUCCAGUGCUAUGAUGCAUUGAAAGAGCAUGCCUGUCUCUGUGUCUCAGCUAGCUUUGACGUCAUUAGGAAGCCGAAAUUCCAGAUAUCCGAAAGUGUUAGCGGUGCAAUGUGGACGGAAUCAAAGGAAUUCUUUUCGUUGAAAAGGUAACGUUUCCCCAAGCAAAGCCUCAGACCACGCACUUAAUUAUUUAUCAACUUUGUACAUAGUUUUCUAGCCCCGCCCCCUCCUCCUUUCUCUCCUUUUUUCCAUCUUUUUGAUUUUUGUUGUAUUUUUGUAUGAUGGUGAAACUGUCACACGCGCUGCUGCUGAUUUCGCCUGCGUCUCAGAACAAAUUCAUCCGAUUCUGAAUCGGUGGUUGUUGAUCAGCUUCAAAGUGUAAAUGUGGAAACGUUUCAUUUGAUCUAUGGCGAGAAAGCAAACAUUUAGAAGAAAAUUUCCAAUAUAAAUGCAAACUUCCAUUUCCACUGGUAGGUGAGGAAGCAGUCAAAUCUGGCAGAUAAGGGGGUCUUCAACUUUUUUUUUCUCCCCACAGUCAACACACUGAUAGAGAGGCAUGUCAUGUUAGAUCAUUAAGUUUAAGAACAUACGGACGAUAAUGUGCAUAAUCUAAAACCAGGUUUCUGAAGGACAUGUCAGUAGAUGUUGGUGAGAUCAACAGAUACACAUUUAUGCCUUCUGAACUUCUGCAGCCCAUUUCUGAAGUCUACGGUUCCACUGCAAAAAACAUCUAGAGAUAAGUCAAACAUUUGAAAAACCUUCUUUAAAUAAGCAAAAAAAUUACCAAUGGGGUAAGAAAACUGGUAUUAUCAAGAAUUCCUAUUUAAAAAGCUAAUUCUAGUCACUAACAUUACACAUUGUCCUCAGCAAUGUACGUUGAAGUGACCACUUUCGAUGAAAAGCCGAGGUAAACGUGCAUGUAUGCGGGUUUCGGGCUUCUGCAUUCAAAACUCUCGUUUAGUUUUGUUUUUGGAAACAGGGUUAGAUGAAGGAAGCUGAUUGGCUAUGACGACCCCUUAAAGGGAAAUGAUGAAAGGAUAAGAACAAUGCUGCAUACACAUCCAGCUUGCAAUGUGGAUUCUUGAACGCUGUUGACACUGGACUAUCGCCACCCGAUACUAGCACGUGGCAUAUAAAUGGUAAAUGGCUUAUACUUGUAUAGUGCUUUCUACCUUCCUCGAAUGCAUAAAACACUUUACAGCCACAGACCCAUUCAUCCACUGAGCUGCUGAACGCUGGCGCCAACCUUUAACCACCGGGGGCAAGGUGGGGUUCACUGUCUUUUCCCAAGGGAAUCUGGCUUUUUCUGUCCAUAAACAUCUAUUCCGACAUAUGAAAGACAUAAACCUCGUUUCCACUGAGCGGUCCGGACCGGACUGGUACUUUGAAUGUUUCCAUUAUAAAAUGGACCCAUUAAGCAGUACCGAUUCACCCCAUUUUUGCUCCCCUGUUGGGUUGUAGAUCUAUAGAAAAAUGGAACGGACCAGUUAGGGCGGAGCUACUGUCGUCACAUGAUGAAACCCAUGGAUUGGCGGAAAGGUAUUACAACAACAGAAACCGUCCGACCAGCACCAACGUAUCCAAACAUUCAGUCGUUGUCUUGAGUCGGUUACUAAUAAUAUUAAAUUCUUUGCAUAUACAAAACUCCAGAACCCAAAUAUGGAAAAAAGGAGCUGACGCAUGACCCCAUUGUGAACGAGCCAGGAGAGGACCAGAUCAAUCUGGACCCCUCAGUGGAAACGAGGCGCCAUUUAAUUCUACAAAACAAAUUGCAAUUAUUCAUUUGUCUUUCAUAAUCAAUUUUCUAACAAUUAAAAAGGACACUACCAAUCCGUCACUGCCAAAUCCGGAUCCCUGAUUGGUCAAACUUUGAAUGAUUUACCAUUGAACGCACAUUCAAUGGCGUUUUGUACCUAGAGCCAGAAAACAGACUUAGAAACUUCCGUGGCGAUGUGAGCUUUGAAUGCGGAAGCCUAAAACUUACAUAUUCAUCCGUUUACAUAGAUUUCUCAUUGAAAGUGGUUGUUUCAACACGUGUUGUUGAGGGUGGUGUGUACGCAGUAUUAGACACUUUCUCUCAAACUAUUGUGUGCCAUUCAAAAACUUUAUAAAUAAGAUUAUUAGACAUAAAGUAGAAAAAUUCUCUUGAAUUAAGGGUAUUUUUACUUAAGAUCAUGCGACCGCACAGCUUUUUUCUGAGACCAGGCAGACAUCAGCACAGCCCUGUAACAGUGUCACCUUAAACCAUACUUAGGAAAGAUAUAUGAGAAACUGUUCUUGUGGAGGUGACCCGCUCUGGGUCAGGAAGCUGCCCACAGCCCAGGUCACCAACAGGCCGAUUCAAUGGUGCUUUUUGGAGCUUUUUUGUAAUUUUUUUGUGUACAAAAAAAAAGAGAAGAAAAAAAACUGUUCCAAAAUGACUUGAAUGAAUGUAUUUUUUUGUUGAUGUACAUGGAAAAAAAAAAAAAAAAAAAGAUGCGAUACAGAAAUCUGAACAGGGAUGUCUUAUGUGCUGGUAUAGAGAGGAAAAGUUUGUGUGUUUGGUGGCCUUUCUGUGUCCGUUUCUUCAGUUUUUUUUAUUAUUAUUAUUAUUUUCACUUUUUUACUGAGCCUUUUACAUCAUACUAAACAUUUUCUACUAACAUGUAAAGAACCCAUGGUGAGGAGAAGCUCCUGUAGGUGCAAUGAUGAAGCAAAGCCAUGCAUUUGUACAGCAGUGAGUGAAGCGGCACUGGCUUGUGUUAGGCUGGCAGACAUGGUACUGCUUUUUUUUCCCCUCUACCCCCCCUCCACACUUAUGUCAUCCUCUUUGAUUUUUAAUUGCACUUAAUGUGGUUACUCGUCAAGCCAAAAGCACUUAAACUUCUUUUUUUUAUUUUAUUUUUUCCCAAAGAGAAAACGAAGUUGCAGAAAUGUGAAGUAGAUAUUUUCAGCUUGUAAAUGAGUUAAUGUCUGCUGGUGCAAAAAAAAGGGUCUAUCUCUGUGAAAUUAGAGAAAGUCAGUGAACACAAAAUGCAUGAAAUGGACAGUAGAGGUCAAGCUCCCCCCUGGGAACUAAAGGUCCCAGGCUAAAUUCAUUUUGCACAGUGCUGCACUUUUUUUGAUCCUAAGAAUAUUUAUCCAUGAAAGUGAAAAAAAGGACUUUUGUUUCAAAUCAGGCAGCAAAGUACAAGUAUUUCUGUUUUGAAAAAAGCUUUACUUGUUAUUAAUUGUGCUCGAGUUCCUAAGUGGUCUUUAAGCCAAAACCCCUUAGUAGUUUUUUGUUUUCCUAAAUGAACAACCCUUUUUGCUGUUUAAGCCGUGCCAGAAAAAAAGUUUUUAAAAAGUAUUGUCAAGACCAAGUUACAGCAACUGGCGACGUGAUGUUAGGAUGAAAUCCGUCACGUCCCGCCCCGCCCUGAAGCGUUUGUGUUAUCCAUUCGGCUCUGUCAACAUCUAGCUUCCUCCCCGGCAGACUCACACACUCUCCCCCUCCUAUUUACUUUAUCUUUUAUACUCUAGUGCCACUUGGUGGAAAUAAACCACCUGAGACUUCUGAGAAUCAGUAAAACUAAUGAUCAGAGUCCAGCAGGAGGAAGGAAACAAAAAGAAAAGAUGUCCUUAAAAAGAAUGUCUGCUCUCAAAGUUCUGCCUUUAAAGACACGAAUGGCUCGGUUCUUGAUGCCCGGUUUAGUCUAGGGUGAAACAGGUGACAGGGCCCUUUGCCCCUUUUUUUGUUAUUUAAAAAAAAAUUGUAUUUUGAGCACUUAUUCUGAGUUGUUUGCAGCACGGACUCCCUGAAAGCUCAACUACCUUGCAUGUCCUCUCUCUGGUCCUUUAGCACUUCAGUUUUGUUUAAACUAACCCCCCUCCCCUCCUUUGGUUGCAUUGAAUUAGCAUCAUACUGAAAUGUCUACAAUCAUUUAGCUUUAAAAAGCUGUAUUUUAUGGUUAGGAAAAGGCUCAGCUAUGUAACUUUUGGCACUCGGUCAGGAUUGCUAUGUGCUGUACAAAGCUUUUUUUUAUUACUCCAUUGUUAAGGCUGUACAGGGUUGUGACAAUAACUGGUAAAUGGAUCAUUUGUACUUUUUUUUUGGUUUUGUUUUGUAUUUGUUUUCUUUGUUUGGCAUUAUGUUAUGUUUAUCUUGCCAGAUUUAAAUGUAACAGGAUUUGAAAGUAAAGCUUACAUCAGAUAUUAUCCUGGUUGUGUGUCUUUUUGCUCCAAAAAUGUUUAUUUAGUUCAUUUUUUUUUACCAAACCAAAACUUUGGUAUCACAUUUUCCAAUCCAAUCUCUGCACUUGAUUUCAAAUCAAAACAUAUAAUUAAUAUGCAUAUUUUUUUUUAAAUUAAAUUGCUUUCCUGCUGGAACAGCGUUAAAGCUGAUGGCUAUCAAAGAGAAAAAUGGAAAAAUAAAUGAAUAAACAUUACUAAUAUGUCCCAAAUUUCACGUCUCUCCAUUUGUAUUUCACUUUUGUGAUUUUAUAAUGCACACACUGCUGUCUACUCCCAAUAAUCUAAAUUGAUUUUUAAAAAAAAGAACUUUCUAAAGCUUUAAGUACAAAUUUUAUCAUUUUUGUCUAAUAUUUCUUAAAAUGAAUUGACUUUAACCAAGUUUUUGCAAAUACUGAUCAUCUGCUAAAUGUAAAUGUGUCCCUCUGAAGUGUUAAUCUGAACAUUUGGAGGAAACUUAAAAUGGCAUGGAGAGGACAUCCAUCCUUCAUCUCCACCCGCCUCACCGGAGUGUUUCUCAGAUGUCCUGAGGUAAAGGUAGGACACACCGUGGACAGGUCACCGGUACAUCCCCGGGCCACAUCCUGAUACUCAAUCUAAGGAAACAAUCGUUUGGUUUUUGGCUGAAGGGGAAAAUGCCUGGAGAAAAUCAAUGUAUGUACAGGAGGAGAACAUGAGCGAUGUCAAUAACAGGUUGAAUCGUCAGCAGCUCAGGUAAAUGACAAACCCCAUAUGCGUAUAUAUCACUUUUCUGUCUUGAUUAAGCUCAAAGUGCUUCACAGUCACAAGUUCCACUCAUCCAUGCACCAAAUCUGUGACCUGAAUCCGGUCAGAGGUCGACCGCUCUACCUCAGCACCUCAGCUGCAUCACCAGCUCUCUACAAAGUUGCACCUCAAAAACAAAUCCCCUUGAUUAAGUCAAACAUGUUAUCAACUUUGAACAGUUUUCUGUAAAUAACCAAAAAAAAAAAGAAAUCGUCCGAUAUGCUAAAACAGAUGGUCGUCAAAAGGUGAUUUCUGAGUAUUUAUUUUCCUGAGUCUGAAACAAACAAGUAAAAAAAAA